CAUACAGUUUGUAAAUAGACACCCCCUGCUUUGUUUGAGGUGAAAUAUUUCAGCAGCAUGCAGGCUGAUGCGGGCGAUGAAGUGAAUAGUGCUUAUCAUGUAUUUUACCACAUAGCUAUAUUCCAAAGAAAAAAAGACGAAAAAGCAUGAAAGAUCAAGUCGUCUCAUGUUCAGUUGGAGGGUGGUUUCCCAGGCCGCCCAUCCCCUAUGCAGUUGCCUCUGUGGCCACAAAUCCACCCUUCAAAAAUAAGUUUCGGAAGCCCUUCGGUACACCCUGGGUUGACGCUCAACCAUGAUCAUACCUUAAGUUCUAAUGGGGAAGUCUCGCUUUAACUGUCUGUGCUUCCCUUUUUUAAGACUGACCAGCGGCUUUCGGAGGUGCCCUCUUUCAAAAAGGAGUUUGAUAAUUGCCAGCGUGUGUGUUGUUUAUUUGUUUUUUGUGGUUUCACAAGUUGGAUACUCGCCGCUGCAUCUGGACAGAAGGACUGAUAAAGAGAAGUAUCGACACACCCGUGGAUUGUAUAAUGUGGAUAUUAGUGAUGCGCUGCCAGACUCGGCGGAUUUGCUGACCGGUGCCAGCUUUGUGGUCCCCACACGGUCCAACGUGGUGUACAUAACGCUAAAGACUAAGCGCCUGAAACCAGCAAAAAUUCGGGGUACAGUUAGACCAAAACUGAGGCGAAAAUCGAGAAGGAAUAAGUCGGUUAAUUCAGUAUUUACGCAGAACAAACUUGGCGCUUUAGAGCAGGACGCGAGCCAAAUUAAGCGCAACUUUGCACCAAAGACUUCCUGGGGAGAAACCAGGGAUCUUGAUUAUAUAUCUGUGGAUAUAAUCCACGAAUCUCAUAUUAAUGCACGGACAGACUCUAACAGUAGUUCUAUCCGAAUUUACAGCCAGAGGGCACCGCCAUGGUUCAGCCCACAGGACGUGACAGCCAUGCGCUUUCUUGCGGAUGCCAAAGUUGUGCGCAUCAAGGAAAUUUCUCAUGGAGAGAGUCAACCACUUCUGAUAUUUGAGGGGGAGACGAGCGUUUCAAUGAACAACCAAAAACAUACAAAACGGAACAAAGAUGUAUGUGGAGGGCAGUGUGGACUAAUCAACAGCCCAGUGGACACCACUGAGGUAUUCGCUUUCCAUCUAGACAGGGUGCUGGGGCUCAAUAGGACACUACCAGCUGUAAGCAGAAAGUUCAGCUUUUUACAUGAUGGUCAGCCCUGUCCAGUUGUAUCAUGGGAUGCAUCUCUCUACCCAGAUGGCCUUGCUGUAGGCUGGCCCACUGUGAGGUUAACGUGGGGGGAGUACCAGAGCUCCCUGAAACAGAGGUGUUGGCAUAAAAACGUCAGCCCAAAGCCUGACUCCGGCUGCUCCACAGUUCAUCACUACGAGUGGAGUAAACUAGUUCUGUUUGACUUCUUGUUACAGAUUCACAACCGUCUGGAUCAGAGCUGCUGUGGAUUCAGGCCCAGGCAGGAGGAUCUGUGUGUGGAACUCGGCCACCAUGCAGAAUGUAGGGACCAGAACCACAUACAGCUGACAAACAUCAUCCACAGGCGUCAUGACCCCAAACACCUGGUCUUCACCAACAACAAGGGGUUCUUCGACAGAAAUGAGGACAACUUGGACUUCCGACUCCUGGAAGGAAUCAAAGAGCUUCCAGAGCAGGCAGUGGUGGUGCUGAAGAGCAGGAGGCUAAGGGAGAAGCUCCUCCAAUCUCUGUUCCUUGACCAGAUAUACUGGGAGAGCCAGGGCGGCCGGCAGGGUAUCGACAAGCUGAUAGAUGUAAUUGAGAGGCGGGCCAAGGUCCUCCUCACUUAUAUUAAUGCUCAUGGAAUCAAAGUCAUCACAAUGAAUGUGUGAUGAGAGUCACACAAGUCAAGUGGCCAAAUUUCUGACAGAUAAAGUGACUUCUGUGGGUCUGGAUAAAAACAUCUAUACAUCUAAAAUUGUUACACAUAAUGUAAUUUGUGGCAAUCUUUCAAUAUCAACAUAUAUCACAAGAGCAUUAGAAUUCCUCAUUUAACAUUCACAGUGAAAUAUUUGUAAAGUUAAGUUAAAUUAAUAUUUAUAUAUUUUUUCUUUAAGAAUUUGUAAAAAUAACAAGUAUCUUGCUAAUGAAGGAUUGUAUUAUACUUUACUAUUAUUAAUUGCUUACUAUUCUUUUAAAAUAGCAGAAGUUGUUGUCAUUUGUGGCUAAGGAAACACUACAGCAAUAUUUUUGUUUUAAAAAGAUUCUGAGAAAGGCUUUUUUAAAUAAUUUAGACAUUUAAAAAGUGCCUUUUUUAAACUCUUAUUUAAAUAAAGAAUGCAUAUAAGAAUGAUAUAUGUAAGAAAAUACUGUAGUUAAAACCUUUGCUACCCCUGAGGCCUUCCAGCAACUGUAAUUUGCAUGGUGUAUGAAUUGAAUGCACUAAAUAAUACCUUAAUUUUGUACCUGCUCCUCAAGUGUGUGGCAGGAAUUAAGAUGUUGAUAAAACCUCAACCCAGAUCCGCUGAGCUUGAUUGGGGUCACACAUUAUACAUUGAAUCUUUUUAUUUUAAUUGAAUAAGUAUUAUAAUCUGAUCUAGAGUCUUAAAUUGUUUAGUUUGUUUUUACAAACUACCAAGAAGUCAAAGGGUUUCCCCAAUUUUUAUACUUUUAAGAUUCAAAACAGCAUCAGUUAUUGUGAACACUGUAUAUUAUGAAACCUAUUUGGUAAGAACUUGGCAUAGUGACUGUACAUUAAGAACGAAAGAUAAGAAGUCAGAUGGUAUUAUUCUGCUUUAUGCACAUUUUCAAUUUAACUACAAAAAUACCUUUAGCUGUAAACAAUUUUAUUGUGUUUAUUUAUUUUUGUACUUUUUUGUGAAUUGUUGAAGAUGUCUGAACAUCAGAUAGCAAUAAACACAUUUAUUUAGUGUUAAGGGAAAUAAGCACAUUCACUCAGUCACAGUCACAGUCGCAAUCCCAGUCACUGAUUUUUUGAUUGAUUGAAAUUUACCUUUAUUAAAUUUUAGCUUGAAAUAUGAAAAGA